AUGGCGUCCAAAAUGCUUCCUAGUGGUGUGGGGCGUGCCAAUGUCUUUUUAUUUACCUCAGAUCUUAGACGAAAAUCGUUAUUUAAACUAAGAAUAGACGAAGUGUACAGCAUAUCGGGCAUAGGGUCGAUCGUAGGAGGGACCCUGUUACGGGGUUACCUGAAGGAGGGGGACGAACUCGUGGUUGGCCCCAGCCAACAUGGCGUCUUCUCUAAGGUAAAGGUUUUGAGCCUUCACAGGAAUCGACUUCCAUGUACAAGCGUUCAGUCUGGACAGACGGCCUGCAUAUCUGUCGGGAACUUCGACGAGUUUAAUCUGAGGAGAGAGGUUUUCAGACAGUGGUUCACGUCGGGAAUGUUCGGCAGACGGCCAGGAUAAUUAAAAUGAAUAAGGGUGGUAUGCAGAUGAAUGAGAAGGCUGUGGUGACGUUUAGAUUCAUAAACAGACCAGAGUAUAUCAGGGUCGGCUCCAGGGUGGUUAAUAACAGUGUCGAUAUCAUUGGCUGGUUGUUUUUAUAUCUAUUUUUAUCAUACCGUGAAGAUCAAUUUUUAUCGACGGAUUAGUUUUUUAAGGCCGAAUUUCAUUCAUCGCGUUAAAAUUCUCUUUUUAAAAUUGUCUUUAGUCGUGUAGAUCAUUUUCAUUGGUUAAAAUUCAGUUGAAAUUCAUUUUUAUUGGCUGGCUAGUUGACAGCUGAAAUUUUAUUGGUUCUUUAUUGGUGCAAUUGAUUUUAACUGGUUGAUUUGAAUGGUGGCAUAAAUUUUAUUUGCAGCUUGAUUGAAUGAAUGAACGAAUGAAUGAAUGAAUGAAUGGACGAACGAUUGAAACCAUAAUCUUGUCUUUACACUGUGCAGCUAUCCAUUCAUUCAUUCAUUUAUUCAUACAUU